GCGCCUGCGAGGAUCUUCCCCAUUCCCCGCUCAUCCUCAUCAGUAGCUACUUUGUGUUAUAACUACACUAUUACUGCAAUAAUAUACGCAUACCUCGUGCUUCUAACUACCAUCGACUCUUUCAGCGGCACAUUAAAGUUCCGGGCCAACCUUCGCUAUGGCAACGGAGGAUAGAAAACCAGAGACGGACUGUAAACCUCCCAUAUUACCACCGUCCUCAUCUUCAAGUCACAGCAAGUCGGCACCAUCCAAGCCCAACUACAGUCUGAAGUUCACCCUGGCAGGCCACACGAAAGCUGUCUCCUCCGUCAAGUUCAGCCCCAACGGCGAGUGGCUUGCAAGCUCCUCUGCAGAUAAAUUAAUAAAGAUAUGGGGAGCUUUCGACGGGAAGUUCGAGAAAACCAUAUCGGGACACAAGCUGGGUAUCUCUGACGUGGCCUGGUCCUCAGACUCCAACCUCCUGGUCUCCGCUUCUGACGACAAGACUCUGAAGAUCUGGGACGUCAGCUCGGGGAAAUGUCUGAAGACACUGAAAGGUCACAGCAACUACGUAUUCUGCUGCAACUUCAACCCCCAGUCCAACCUCAUCGUGUCCGGAUCCUUUGACGAAAGUGUUCGGAUCUGGGACGUGAAGACGGGGAAGUGUUUGAAAACUCUGCCGGCGCACUCGGACCCCGUCUCUGCUGUUCACUUCAACAGGGAUGGCUCUCUGAUCGUUUCCAGCAGCUACGACGGCCUCUGUCGAAUCUGGGACACGGCGUCCGGGCAGUGCUUGAAGACGCUCAUCGACGACGACAACCCGCCCGUGUCUUUUGUCAAGUUCUCUCCCAACGGCAAAUACAUCCUCGCCGCAACCCUCGACAAUACUUUGAAGUUGUGGGACUACAGCAAAGGGAAGUGUUUAAAAACGUACUCCGGUCACAAAAACGAGAAGUACUGCAUAUUUGCCAACUUCUCUGUCACAGGGGGAAAGUGGAUCGUGUCCGGAUCGGAGGACAACUCUGUGUACAUCUGGAACUUGCAGACCAAGGAGAUCGUGCAGAAACUGCAGGGACACACAGACGUGGUGAUCUCCACAGCCUGUCACCCCACAGAGAACAUCAUCGCCUCGGCCGCGUUGGAAAACGACAAGACCAUCAAGCUGUGGAGAAGUGACUGCUAAGUCAGGCCUGAUUUUGUAUUUUGAAUUGUUUUGUUUUUUUACCACUUAAAUAAAAAAGAAGAGAAAAUAUGGAGUCUUUGGGGGUUUCUAAAGAAAUGAGGACAUUCCCACACCACAGACGGGGAUUCACGCCCAUGAAACCAUGAACAACGUAAGCCAGACACACAGGUGGACCAGCUGCUGUUCAGAACACACAGGCCACUGUUGUGGACUGAUCUCUGCUACGGCCAAGUUUCUCUUUACGCCUGGUGGGUCUGCUCAGUGGUUUUUGUAUCUCUUUUUUUAAUUACAUUUUUUAAUGCUUUUUUUCUAAUGUUUUUAAAAGGGAUGAACUCGCUUGAUGUCUUAAGGACAUGUUUUCUACUUUUCUGGAGACGACCACCGUGUUCCCACCAUUUUGUUUUGCCACUGUGAUGUUGUAGACAGUGCUGUCGUGGCCCCACUGUUACAUAUGAUUGGCUGUCUAAGUGAAUUAAAUACCUGUUCUUCAGCCUUUCAUGAUGACUGUACCAUUUCCCCUUUUAAAGUAUUUUUAUCUAUUUAUUCCACCGAUCCAUUUACUAAGCAUUACAUAUUGUCGCGUAUUGCACCGUAUUCUGGUUUGAAUAGCCGACGGCGGGAUUUGUGUGUUUAGUUGGUGGUUAGAAUUGGCUGGUCUGUUUAAACUUCAUCAUGACCAAAUGAGAAUAUUUUGUGUCUUCUAUUUUGUACAUUAUACGUAUUGUAGUUUGUUGUUGUAUUUUUACCUGAUUAACAGUAUGACCAGCAACGUAAUAAACACAUAUUUAGUAAACUGGA